AUAGCACAAUGUUUGAUUCCAUGUUCUGUCUUAGCAGGAAACCCACUCUUACAGUACAGACCACAGCUCAUCUGUGAACACAUAGGCUACUGUAUUGCAGGACUGUGAGCAAAUAAUGAAAUCAGGCAGGUAUACUUUAAACACAGUUACUGGAGGCACAACUGAAUCUCAAACACAGAGUCUCUGCCAGGAUGAAGGAGAAGCUCGAGUGUGCAGAGGAAGCAGGUGUUUGGUGUGGAUGACAGUGUGUCUCGGGAUCAUUUGUGUUCUUCUGCUGGUCUUCAUCAUACUGCAUCACAUCUCCAUCACAGCAGAGAGAGAAUCUCUGUUCAAGAGUAACAAGAACACAGUUGAAGAGUUCAAUCAGACCAUCAACAGAUCACAGGAUGAGAACACUAAUCAAAUGACUGAAAAAGACCAAGUGAAGAACAACUUCAACUCUUUGAGUCAGAAGAAUCUGGAACCGAAGACCAGUGCCAAAGAUCUCACUGAUGAGAAAAUUCAGUUACAGAACUAUUUGAACUCUUUGAGUCAGAAGAACCUGGAGUUGGAGACCAGAGUCAAAGAUCUCACUGCCAAGAAAAGCCAGUUACAGGGAAGUGUUGAUGAUUUGAAUAAGAAGAAACAGGAGUUAGAAAGAAAAGUCACAUCUUUGAGUGAAGAAUUAAAGAAGGAAAAAUCUAAACAAGGAAAUCUGUCUGGUCCUGUUUGUUUGUUCAAAUCCAAUGAGUCAAAGAGCUGGUCUGAGAGCAGGCAGUACUGCAGGAAUCAUGGUGGUGAUCUGGUCAUUAUCAAAACUGAACAGAAGCAGAAGUCCAUAUCUUCAUUCAUCAAGGAGAGUGUGUGGAUUGGUUUGUCUAAGACUGAGAACAAGGGCAACAUGAAAUGGGUGGAUAAUUCAACACUGAAACAAGGGUUUUGGUAUGAACAGCCAAAUAAUGCAGGAGGAAAUGAGGACUGUGUCGAACUGAUGCCUUUAGACACCAUCCAGAACUGGAAUGAUCUCUCAUGCUCUGAGAAGAGAAAGGGGAUUUGUGAGAAAUAGGGUAUUGUCAUGUUUUUAAUUGCAUUAUUUUAUGGAAUUAAUCUUAUUGUGACAGUACAAAUUCUAAAUUCUGCUUUUAUGAUAUCAAUUUAAUUUUAUUAAUACAAUUUAAUUUUCUAUAACAUACAAAACUGCAAAUGGAUAUAAAAUGAAAAUGUAGAAUGUCAAAAUAUAUGUAUAUAUAGAUAUUGCUUUAAUAAACUUAAUAAACUUUUUAAAACAUUUUUUUAAAUUAUUACCAUUAUUACCAAAGCAUUUUUUUAUGUAAUCACUGAAGUGUGUUUCACGAUUUUGGAAAACAGAGUUUCUGAAAAAAAAAAAAAAAAAAGAAUGUUUUGAAUAUUUAUACACUCACAAAUUUCAACAAUCAGCAUAUGAAACACAACAAUGGUGGCAUGCUACAUGCCAGCAUACAAAACUCUACUCUUUAUGGCUCCCAGCAUGCAUUUCAACAUGAAUAAAUUAUGCUGCUAAAUUCUUUUACUAUUUAUAUAUGAUUUUUUAAUUGUCACAAUUGUUAAGGUUUGAAUGAUGUGUUGAUGUCUAAGUGAGUCUCAACUAUUACAAAAGAGUUUGUGUUGAUGGCUGAAUUUAUUAUUUUUGUUUAUUUGUAUAUCUUUGUAUUAACAACUUGUAAGUUUGAGUAAAACAUUAUUGAGAAAAAAA